ACUACAUCCCAGAGCUUGCAGAUUUGAUUGUGAAGAGAAAUAAUAUGCCCAAUAUGACCUUUAAGAUUCAGCUAAAGGGAAUUAUGAUAGGGAAUGGGUUAAUGAGUGAUGCCACAUUGGAUAGAGGCAGCAUUGACUAUAUGUGGAGCCAUGCCCUCAUCUCCGAUGCAACUCACACGGGACUGCAAGAACACUGUCUCCCCAAAAAUUACGACAAAACAGCAUGCGACCAUUUCCAAAGUGCAGCAUAUAGAGAGGAGCAGGGAGAUAAUAUGAUUGACCCUUACAACAUCUAUGGCCCCGUCUGCUUUGAUUACUCCCAUAACCGGUCAUCUGUACAGUUCAACAAACGGCGUUUCGGAUAUGAUCCAUGUGAGCAAGGCUACGUCCACAAGUACCUCAAUCUUCAUCAUGUCCAACAAGCCUUGCAUGCCAACACCACCAACCUCCCCUACCCUUGGAACCUCUGCAGUGAGGGAGAGAGAAAGCCGCCGGUCUCCGGCAAGCCGGUGAGGCUAUUCUCCGAUCUUUUCAAAACUGUGGAGGAGAAAGGAUCCAUCUCGUCCAUCAGCAAGGGAAAACCAACGAUCACCUUCACUACGGAGGAAUUAAGGAAAAUUGGAGAUUCUUUCCCAUACGCCAUUAAAGCUCGUUUUGCAAGGGACUUGCAGAUUGCAGACAUAGGGAAAUCCUUGGAGAGGGGAGGAUUCUCUGGUUUUCGUGUCAUCUCCAUCAGCAGAUUCAUCGUGGUUAUCACACUCAGAUCACAAACAGAUUUUUUAAGGCUUUUAUCAAGAAGAACCUGGAGAGCAAAUGGCCAUCACAUGUAUCUCUCUAAAUGGGAUCCUCUCCUAGAAGAUAAACGUGACAGCCCUAUGGUUCUUGUAUGGGUCACACUUAAACAUAUUCCUUUCUUCCUUACUAGCGCCCAAUCCCUCUUCUCGGUCGUCAAAACUCUGGGAAAACCCAUUCAAAUGGAUGAGACCACAACGAGGGGUGGAUACUUCAAUACUGCCAGGGUGUUGGUGGAGAUGGACGCGUCCAAGGCCAGGCAAUCCUCUAUUCUGUACGUACUCCAGCCUGGGAGCGUGAAAUUAAAAUCAUUUAUGAUCUUCCUCCUUUUUGCUUGGCUUGUGGUCGAUGGGGUCACUGCUGCAAAACUGAUUCCCAGCCCGUCGGAAAAGUCCUCACCAGCGGGAGAACAAAGAGGAGGCAGCAAGAUGCUAAGGAAGUCAGGCCAAAUAACACACACCAAUGGGUCCGUGUUCAGGGAAAAGCUGCAGGAUUAUAAGCUUAAGUUGGCAAUGACCAAUGCAUCCUCCCACCCUAAUAACCAAUUGUGGAUCUUCUGGAAGGAACCAAGCCUAACAUUGAUCCAAACAAUUGAAGGCUCCCAAAUCAUUCAUUGCCAAUUCAACUCAGCUGCACUUCAUAGCCCGUUGUGGAUCUCUUCUGUGUAUGGCAGGCACACCAGGGCUGAAAGAGCUAACUUAUGGAAUGCAAUUUCCUCUUGGAACGUAGGCAUGGACCCCUGGAUACUUGGUGGAGAUUUUAACUGCAUCCACAGUCUUGACCAACACAAAGGGAACUGCAAUCCUUGCUAUAAUUCAGUGGAGGAUUUUAGAGAAUGCAUGGAAGCUUCUAAUCUCCUCUAUAUUCAUCCCUCAGGAGGGCAUUUCUCUUGGAGUGGGGAACGAAGCCAAGGAAAGUUAUGGCGCAGACUUGACCACAUCUUUGGCAAUCAACAUUUGAUGGAUAUGGCUAACCGUGUACACCUCUCUAUGCUUAGCAAGGGAGCAUCAGAUCACAGGCCUUUCCUCCUGGAACUUUCUAUGGACACUUACUCUGGUCCCAAACCAUUCCGUUUCCUGGAUUUGUGGGUUUCACACCACACUUUAGAAAGCACCAUCAAAUCUUUCUGGGAGAACAAUAAAACUUACAAUGGCAUGAAAGGCCUUGGGAGAAAACUCAAGAAUCUCAAGGCCAUUUUGACCAAGUGGAGCAGGGAUGACUUUGGUAAUAUCUUCCAUCAACUUAAGGAGGCAGAAUCUCGAGCUAGCAGGGCCCAAGACCAUUUCGAGGCAAACCAGAACCCUGAAUCCUUGGUUGAAUUCAAUAAGUCCAAUGCUGAACUUCUCUUGCUCUCCAAAAGAGAAACUGAUUUUUGGAGGCAGAAGUCUUGCAUCAGGUGGUUAAAAGAGGGGGAUGCUAGUACAAAAUUCUUCCAUAAUGUGGUCAAAAAUAGGCGCCAGAAGCUUAGGAUCUCUUCUCUUAAGGAUGACCAUGGUAGGACUAUUGAGGAGGCCAGCAACAUUGCGUUGCAUGCAAUAGAUUACUACACUAAUAUCUACUCAGAUGAACCCGUCAGUAUUGAUCCGCAGCUGCUUUCAUACAUUCCCAAUAUCAUUAAUGGAGAGGAUAACUUAAUGCUUUGUGCGGUUCCACAAGAGGAGGAAAUAAGGGGGGCCAUUUGGGACCUCAACUCUCAUAGUGCACCAGGCCCGGAUGGAUACAAUGGGACCUUCUUCAAAACCUACUGGCACAUCAUCCAUGAUGAAGUGACUAGAGCAACCCAAGAAUUUUUCUUGGGUUUGCCCAUCCCUAAAUCCUAUGGGGCGACUCUCCUCACUCUGAUUCCUAAGGUGGACAACCCUAAAUCUCUGGGAGACUACAGGCCGAUCUCAUUAUCCACAUUCCUCUCCAAAGUCAAUACUAAAAUCCUUGCAAAUAGACUGGGUUCAAUCCUUCACAAACUCAUCAGUCCUGAGCAAAGUGGGUUUCAAGCAGGUAAAGGAGUGGAAGAAAACAUCCUCCUCACUCAGGAGAUGAUUCACUGCCUUGACAACACUUCUGGAAGCGCCAACAUUGCUAUCAAAGUGGACUUCGCCAAAGCUUUUGACAGAAUUUCAUGGCAAUUCUUAGAGGUUACUCUAAGCUCUUUUGGUUUCUCCCCCCAUGGGGAGAUAAAAGAAUGGAAAGACAGCCCAUCAACGAUGUUCCCUAUAUAUAAAAGGUUGAUGGCUUCUGCUCUUCAUAUUCUUCUUUAUAGUGGUGAUGCCGAUUCUGUUGUUCCUGUGACAUCUACUCGUUAUGCUCUUGAUGCUAUGAACCUUACCAUUUUGAAACCUUGGCAUCCAUGGCAGCAUCCCACCCACAAAGAGGUUGCGGGAUACAAAGUGGAAUAUAAGGGUAUAACUUUUGCCACGGUUAAAGGGGGAGGGCAUCUAGUUCCACAGACCAACCCGCUCAGUGCCUUCACCUUGCUCAACAUGUUCAUAACUAGAGGUGGUGAUCAUCAUCAUCACUAGAGCUCGCUCCUUGUUCUAUUUAAUUUGGACAUUUAUUAUAUGUGAAAUUUACUCAUCAAAAAAUAUCACCUAAACAUAUGGAGUUUACCUAAAUAUAUAGCACGAGUCCAU